AUGGCUUCCAAAACCCCCGUUCCUCAGAAUGACAACGUCGCCCACGCCCUAGCCGGCGCCGGCGGCGGCAUUCUCUCCAUGGUCCUGACGUACCCUCUGAUUACCCUGUCCACCCGCGCCCAGGUCGAGUCCAAAAAGGCCGAGAGCAAGUUCAUCGACGCCGUCCAGCGGAUCGUCGCCCGUGAAGGCGUCGCGGGUCUGUACUCCGGCAUCAACUCGGCGCUUUUCGGCAUCAGCGUCACCAACUUUGUCUACUACUACUGGUACGAGUGGACCCGCGCUUCGUUCGAAAAGGCCGCUGCCACUGCUGGCCGCGCCGGCAAGAAGCUCACGACUCUGGAAUCCAUGAUUGCGGGCGCCAUUGCCGGUUCCGCCACCGUCCUCAUCACCAACCCCAUCUGGGUCGUCAACACCCGCGUCACCACGCGCCAGAAGAACAGCGAGACGGACGUCGAGUCCGGCAAGCCUGCCAGGCCAACGUCCACCUUGGGCACGCUCCUGGCCCUGCUGAAGAAUGAGGGAGCGCAGGCGCUCUUCUCUGGUGUGCUGCCGGCCUUGGUCCUGGUCAUCAACCCCAUCCUGCAGUACACGCUGUUUGAGCAGAUGAAGAAUGUCGUGGAGAAGCGACGAAGGAUUACUCCCACGGUGGCCUUUUUCCUCGGCGCCCUUGGCAAGCUCUUUGCCACGUCAGUCACCUACCCUUACAUCACUGUCAAAAGCCAGAUGCACGUUGCUGGCAGCCAGAGCAACAAGAAGGAAGGUAUGAGCCAGGCAUUGAAGAGAGUCGUCCGGGAGGAGGGAUAUGCCGGCUUAUACAAGGGCAUCGGUCCCAAGGUCACUCAGAGCGUCUUGACAGCCGCCUUCCUAUUUGCCUUCAAGGAUGUUCUAUACGAGCAGACUGUCCGCCUCCGCAUGGGACGCAAGGCCGCUUGA